UGAUAUUUGUUUUGUGACAGAUCUUUCCAUGACCUAUAUACUAGUAAGAGCUGUUGAAAUUCCAAAAACACCAUUAAUCUGCAGGGCAUUUAAACGUGAGGAGAUUCUAAGAAAAAGUAAACUGAUAGUAAAAUAAAAACUACGAGAUGAAGUGGAUUUGCCUCCUAGCUCAUGUGCUAAUGCUCUGUUUCCAUUGCCAUGGAACCAUAUCAUGUCCAGCACAGUGCACAUGUCAUUUUGGCCUCAGCUCCACAGAGGUGGUGUGUCCUGAUGCUGAUCUUUCUCACUACCCUAAAGAUGGUCUCCCAGCUAACACCACUUCUCUGACCAUCCAGUUUACUAACUUGAGCAAGAUCUCGGCCACUGACCUGAGAGAAACACCCUUACUACAGGAGCUCCACAUACCAGGAAACAAAAUCAGCAGUUUACCUGAGGACCUGUUAAUGGACAUGCAUCACCUCCAUACCAUAGAUCUUACAGAUAACCAGUUACAUGAACUUCCUGCCAAAGUAUUUCAUCACGCCCCAUUGCUUAACCUGGUGCUUAAGGACAACCUGCUCACUAACAUAAAUGAGGACUGCCUUCCCACCAACAGCAGCCUAACAUGGUUAGAUCUAUCAGGGAACAAGCUUAGGAAAAUACCUAGUACUCUGCUCCAGAGACUGGACCAACUUGAAACUCUACACCUCUCUCAAAAUCUCUUGGAGGAGAUUCCAGCUGAGAGUCUGCACUCCCUCCCUGCUCUAGAGAGACUUCAUCUAGAAGAAAACAAACUUCAUUCUCUGGAUGCCAAAGUUUUUAGCCAUAAUGCUAAUCUAACUCACCUGUUCCUUCAAAGAAAUAAGCUUGAGAGUCUCCCGGCAACUGUGUUUCAUGAUCUCAAACAUCUCCAGUACCUGGACCUUACUGAAAACAGGCUUCAAUUCUUGUCCCCGGGCACACUCGGGUUAGGGAUUGUACAGGUAGAGUUGACCUUAAACCCGUGGCACUGUGAUGCAAAAAUGGAAUACAUGUGGAAGAGGCUGAACAUGCAGUCAGUGCAGUCUGAGCCAACAUGUGCCAUGCCAGAGAAGCUGAAAUACAAGGCCAUUAUAAAACUUACACAAAAAGAGCUAGGCUUGGUAGACUGAAAGAUACAGAAUAAAGAUGGGAGAGAAAAAAAAAUACUUGAUUGAAAGAUUGGGUUUAAUGCAGACAAAUAAGGCAAAUAAAGUAAAUAACUGGAAUUUUGAGUGGUUUAAUGGGAGUUAAACUGUUUUAUCAUUGAUUGUAAAUUUGUGAAUAAGAAACUUAAUAUGAUAAUCAAGGUUAUACAGUGAUGUGAAGUUUUCCAACACCAUCUAUUCAAUUUAAAAUAUAAAAAUAAUGCAGACAAUGAAA